AUGGAUUUGCUGAAUUUGAAGGCUGCGCCAGUUGGCGAUGCAACUAGGACUAGAACUGAAAGGAGUUCGCGCACUUCCGGCACAGCAAGGACUUCCACAAUGCACGUAACAACUUCCUAUGGUUACAAAUCCGGUGCCAGGACAGCGUAUUUGGCGUUAUUCACAUUGCUCGUACUCGCAGCGCACAUCAAUAUUACUUCCGGUCAAAUCGAUUGGGAUGACGACGAUGAUCCAGUUUCCACGGUGGCCGUGGAGGCCGUGCUGGGACGCACCGCAUCCUUGCCAUGUGACAUUGAGCCAGAGGCAAAGGACGAUCGUGUCUAUAUGGUGCUUUGGUUCCGUGAAAGCGCUGGCAAACCACUUUACAGCUUUGAUGUGCGUGGACGACCGUUCGAGAAGGCUCUUUACUGGUCAGAUACGAACUCAUUUGGGCCACGUGCAUACUUUGUGACCGGACAACAACCAGCCAAAUUAUCUGUGGAAAAUAUACAAUUGGAUGAUGAGGGCGUUUACCGCUGUCGCGUGGACUUUCAGAACUCGCCGACGCGUAAUCAUAGAAUUAAUUUAACGGUUAUUGUUCCUCCACAUCAAAUACUCGUAUACGAUGCCUCCGGCCGUGAUGUUGCUGGCGCUGUGGGUCCAUUGCUAGAGGGCGAUAAUAUUGUGUUGACAUGUGAAGUGCGUGGCGGACGGCCGGAACCCACUGUAACAUGGCUAAAUGGCUCAAGGAUACUCGAGGCGGGCAGUGGCGUUUCAAUGGGACGUCAUGUAACUGUCAAUCGAUUGGAAGUGCCACAAAUCACGAGAGCGGCGCUCAACAAUACCUAUCGCUGUCAGGCAUCGAACACAAAGCUAGUGGCGCCCGUGGAGCGCAGUAUACGCAUCGAAAUGUUACUGAAACCCACAUCAGUUAAUUUGACCAACAAGUUGAAGGUAUUCUCAUCGAGCACGCAAUAUAAUCUUACAUGCAUUGUGGCUGGCUCGGUGCCGGAUACGGAAAUAAGAUGGACACAGAAUAAUCGACCUUUCAAACGUGGCAUGCUGUCAACUAUCCAAGGCAAUGGACGAGUCAUAUCCACUUUGUCAUUUCAUCCGCAACCCGAGGACGAUGGCACAAUGCUCAAAUGCGAGGGCUCAAAUCCUCGAUUACAAAACUCAGCCAUCGAGGACUCGCUCUUGCUGAAUGUCAUGUAUCCACCCCAGGUCACCCUUUCACUGGGCUCCACGCUGCGUCCCGAUGACAUCAAGGAAGGCGAUGAUGUCUACUUUGAAUGCCACAUUAAAGCAAAUCCCAAGGAGCAUCGCAUUACUUGGUCACAUGAUGGUUUGCCCGUUACUCAAAAUGUCUCUUGGGGCAUCAUCAUCUCCACACGGUCCCUGGUCCUGCAACGUGUGGGACGUGUGCAUUCCGGAUACUACGCUUGCUCGGCAGCCAAUGAUCGCGGCGAGACGCAGAGUGCCUUGGUCAACCUAAGAAUACGUUAUGCGCCAGUUUGCAGCAGCAGCACCGUUGGUGUAAUUGGAGCCUCCUUGGAGGAAGCUGUGCCCAUACCAUGCCGCGUCAAUUCGGAUCCCCCCGAAAUCGACUUCGAGUGGACGUUCUCUAGCAGUGGCGAGCACUUCGAGGUACCUUCCGGACAUUAUGCGACCAUCCAGGAUCCCACAAUGACCACCAGCAGCGAUGUGAGACGCACCAUUGUUGAAUCAAACGACACACACUUUGAGAGUUAUGUUGAAACGGUCAGCGAGCUGAUCUAUACUCCAAAAGGUGAACGUGACUAUGGAACUUUGGCUUGCUGGGGGCGAAAUGCAAUUGGCAAACAAUCAGAGCCAUGUCUAUUUCAGGUGGUGCCGGCAGCCAAGCCCGGAGCAUUGCGAAAUUGUACGCUCCGUCCGUAUGUAGUAACCUCUGCCUCACUGAACUCAUCGAAUCAAACGACAAUGCAUGGCAAUCAAAUGUUGCAAACACAAUACGGCAGACACGAUGCGAAUUAUCCGCACAUGGAAUACGUACGUGAGCGCCAUGGUAACAAUAAUAAUAGCCGGAACAAUGCUGCUGCAUCAGCUGCCAAUAAAAUGGCCAGCAAUAAAAAUAUGAAAAGCAAAAGCAAAAUAAAUGCUGGCCAUGUUAAAUCUAAUAAUAAGCAACCAGAGCAAAGAUAUCGCCUCAAUCAAGAGCAAAUGCAGCGUCUAAAAAAGCGUACAUCAUUUACACCAUCGCAGACAUUGGCAGCAAUCGAAAGACAGCGCCAAAGUAAACAGCAACAACAGCAGCAACAACAAUUGCCAAGCAAAGCAGCAACAGCAGCAGCGCCCACAUCAACACUAGCCUACAUCAAUAAUAGAACUGAUGGAUCACUGGCCAAGCAGCAGACAAAGCAGUUAAAGUCAUCACAGCUGGACACUAAGCGACGUGUGCGACGACGACGACGAGGAGCUGGUCAUGCAGACUCGAUUGCAGACAGCAAGUUGCCUCAGACAUCAAUAACAAGCAAAAAGCUGCAGCGGCAACAGCAACGGCAACAGCAACGUGCAACAAAAUCAAAUUUAUCAUUGUCACAUAAAGAACAGGCUGGAGUAGUUCCGCGCUCGAAUGUCAAAAACAACAACGGCAAACUGCCAACAAAGUAUUUUAAUAAGCGACAAUGCCAGCAGCAGCAGCAGCAGCAGCAGCAACAACAGCGAUUGAUGCCACCGAAUGCACCACAAAUUAGCAACAAACCAGCGGCAGCAGCACAACAAAUGGCAGCGGCAAUUAGCGGCAACAAUAAGCCAGUAGUAGCAACAGUUGCAGUUGUUGCCGCGGUUGCAAACAAAGAUGAUGUCAAGACAAGCAUUGACGGAGCCAGUGCACCAUUGUCUACAGAUCGUGAGCACACGAACAACAAAUUUAAUGUAAACAAUAGCAAUGCGGACAUAGAAGACAAUGAUGAGGACAAUGAUGGGGAUGUUGAUGAGAAUGGGGAAGCGGAAGGGGAUGACGAUGACGAAGAUGUUGCUGAUUUACAGACAGACGAUGAGUACAUGGCAGAUGAUCCCAGCGACUUGGCCAACUAUGACAGUGUCGAGCAGCAUGAACAACAGCAACAUCAUGUUGAUAUUUCAUCCCUGGAGCAUCAGUUGGACCUUGAAUCGUUAGAGGAUGAUGAUGCUGAUGCGGAUGCCGAUGAUGAUGACAUUUACAAUGUGAGUGACGAUGAGUUUGUGGCAAGCGUGGCACUCUCUACAGCAGCAGAGACAACAACACAGUCACAGUCACAACCACAAUCACAAGCACCACCGCAUUCAGAGGCCACAGCUCUGCCAGCUGACUGGCAACAACCUCAUUUCGAUUACUCACGCAUGGAGUACAGCUUCAGCAAUGGCGUCGUCACACAGAGUCUCAUUGGCGGUGGUGCCAACGGCUAUGAUGGCAACUCUGGCGGUGGUACCAUCAACUUUGAUAACUAUGAUAACAUCAUAUACUCCACGAUGGAACUUGAGUGCAUGCCCGGCUAUGAUGGGGGACUACAGCAACAGUUCUUCCUGGAAGCCUACGAUUCAAAGACCAAAAAGCUGCGUCUCAAUAUGAGCAGCACCUAUGUGGAUGUGCCUGUGUUUCGCAUAGAUCUGACAGAUCUUACGCCAAUGGACUUUUAUCCAGAUGCGCAUCCGGCAUUGCACUUGGUCGUCUACAGUGUCAACCAGAAAGGACGCUCCGAGCCAAUUGUGCUGGAGAAUGUGCCCAUCAAUGAGGCGGACAAGCGUUCAGAUGGUCGCAUGGGUCUCUCCAUAUUGCCGAUAGCCGCUCUACUCACCGGGACUCUCUUUACCGUGGGCAUCGCCGUGCUAUUUGUGGUCGUGAUUGCCGUGCGUCGUCGUCGCUGUCAGGGAGCACGCAAUUUGUGUGAUGAUAAGGACAAGCAUUUGGGUGAGUUGAAGUGCUAAUCAGAAUAAUAUAGUGGAUCCUCCUCCUCAAGAAUUGGAUAUUAUACAGCAAAAGACGGGCAUUAAAAGCAACCUGACAUACUGAGCGCACAAAAAAGCGCAACUGGCAGUGACACAUCGUCACCUCUGGGAAAUCGACAGAGUGGUUUAUUUAUGGGCAGCACUACUACAGCCGCGCCCAGCAGUGCUGCGAAUCAUAAAACUGUGGAUUAUGAUGUCAAUGCGCCGCACCUGAAUAGUCCGCCCUCGCAGUCGAGCACACUCAAGCUGGAGAGUGACAGUGCCGCCAAAAGUUAUCAGCCGCCUGCUGCAGCUGCUCCGCUACUCUAUGAUGCAAUGCCCACGCUCAGUCGCUACGAACCGCUGGGUUUGAACAUGGGCAGUUAUUCCGGCGGAGGUGGAGGCGGAGGUGGAGGCAGCAAUAGCACACUUAGCUCCGCGGGCAGUGUUGCCAACUCCACGAGCAAUGCGCACAGCAAUAGCGCUGGCAGUCAUUAUGUCCAGCACUUGCAUCAUACGCUGCCACUCGGAAUGGGCGUGGGCGUGGCACAGCCCUCGGGCAGCUUGCCACGUGGCCGUGAUCCGCUAACGCUGGCCGAUUACUUGACCACCAGCAGCCUGAUUGACUAUAAUCUGAGCAAGGCGGCUGCCACAGCUGCCCCGCUGCCCACGCACAUGACACUGCCCAAGGGCAUGGGUCACGGUCACGGUCACGGUCACGGUGGCGGGAUCAUGCCCAGCACCAGCCUGUCGCCCUCGCAGCUCACCACCAUUACACAGAAAUCGAAUGCGGGACGUAAUCAUAUUAUCACCGACACGCUGCCCGGACCCGAGAGCUGCGUCUAAACUUGGGUCUGGACUACUUAGCACCCGAAUUCCUGGCAUCAAACAAAAGACUGUCGCACAACAGAAAGAGCAACAAAUGCAGUAGAAGAACAAUUCAAAGCAAAAGUAGAAACAGAAACAGAAGCAUA